CACUAGUGCCUGUCAGUAUUAUGUACAUGGUGGCACCGUGGGGUGGGUAUUGUUUGUUCAUCGCCUGCUUAUAUGCCCUGAGUCAUGGUAUUGGCGCUGGGCGUCGCUCUAUGCUCUAGUUCGUGCCUCGGUAUUCGACGUCCUGAAAUCGAAGUUGUGGGCGGUGAGUCCUUCCGAGUCCACGUUCUCCUUCAAGUUAGGAGGGCCCUAGACUAGUAUACUACAGCUGCAGGAGUAACAGGACGUAAAACUAGGGCCAAUCACGAGUGUCCACAUUCCCUAGCGAUAUGACCCUUCGCCUAUCCUUGGCAAAAAAUGAUCCACUUCAGACCACUUUCUUUUGCCCAGAGCGUGCCAUACACUACACCUCUGACACAGUGACACGUAAUCGACCAUUCCUUCAGGGUGGAAGUAAAGCUACUACGACGGUUUGGAAAAAUGUCGUUGGAGAAUCUAUCCAUGUGGGCAUCAUUGAGUGGCCAGCCAACCCUAAUGACCGGCCCACAGUGGUGGUGGGGUCUAGGACAAUCGAGAUGAUAAAGAUGGGACUAUAUACAUAUCCGGAAAAGUUUCAGGGAAUUCACAGCGAGUGGUAUGAGUGGCAAAUCCGUCAGUCUCGCGCGCAACUCGUGCCAUUAGAGGUCGCUCGCUCACAGGCAUGCAUCGCCACUUUUGUAACCACGGUUACACAGGCUCUGUUCAGACAAAAGAAGUCUCCUGCGCUUCUCAUAUCACCGGAAGCAGUACACAUCUUGGAUGAUAUUGUUGUCACCUUUAUUUACUUCGAGAGUCAGUGGCGGGAGAGAGAGAGAGCAAGAUCUGGAGCGUGGGACUCAGGUUAUGCUGCCGGUGUAGCUCUCUAAUGGGUAUUGUAUUGACCAGAUCAUGUAUUUUGUCAGAUUACAAGCGGUGACCUUCAGUCGUUGGGUUUUAUUAGUAUCUCAUUCCACCAGAAAAGCAGGCAUUUGAACUCUACAAAAUAAUAUUCGCACUAUCUUUCUUAUUCGCUCCUGAAAAUAAGCACACACGGGACCAAUGCAGUAUAUAGUUGACCACGAGCAAAAAGAUCAGCUCUGAGAUCCAGCGCUGUGCGAGAGAGCAGACCUUGGCAGCCAUUGAAAGUAGUUGCGCAAGAUAGUCUCAUAGAAAGUUGUUUGCGAUUCACAGUCAAACUCAAGCGGUGAGAAUGAAAAUAAAACUCGGUACAUGGAAUACAGUGGUUUUCGAGAUUGGUGAGCAGUUGGACUUGGAGCAGCUUUUGGAUGUGGAGACGAGUGACAUGGAAAUGAGAGGGUCCUGGAAUGCCCAGCGGGCCGUCAUUCAAUACUUAACAUUCCAAGUAUUAAUU